GCACUCUAUAGCUCUAAUAUCACCGGUCCAGCUGCAACUAAGCUCCAGGUCUCCAGGUUAUCAUCAGUGGUCAAAGAGAAGCACUUAUGUCAACACAACUGUCGGCGCUAAUCUUCACUGCGGGCUGCAGUGUUUGAUAUCAACAGGCCAUCGAGACACGUCUCGUUCACACCGCGCUCUAGCCACGGGAGAGUGAUGGUACUCCCAAACGGUCCGAGGAGCGGGUUUAGAGUUUCUCAGCUGCCACUCAAAGCACGCAUAAGCUCCACAGUGAGGAGGAGACGGGCAGGACGCCUCCGUUCAUCCGUCCAUUCAUCAGAAAUAAUCCGGACCUCCCCUAGCAGCCUGAGCAGAGGCGCGAGACGACACCACGAGCUGCUUCGGUUGGACGUCAACGUCGGGCGCGCGAGCGAGAAGGGGGGCAGCUGAGGAAGGGAGAGAAAAAAGAGCCCGUCUGUCAGUGUGUGGCGUGUGGAUGUAGGGGAAGAGAGGGGGAGAGAGGACCAGUGCCGCCGCGCAACUCCCAGCAUAUUUCAGCAUCCGACUGGACGCAUUUCACCGAGGAUACAUCCAAAUUUAAGGUUUAAUCUGCAUCUUUUGUCUAAGUGGAGAGUCACCCAUCCCCUGCAGGGAAGGGCACCAUGACCCAGGAGGGGCAGGCUCUGCCCUCUCCCACCCCACCAGAGAACCCAGUAGAGCCCAGUACAAGCACCACUACUGACCCACCCAAAGAGACACAUGACAAGACAGAUGAGGACAAGGUGGAUGCUGGAGCAAAGGAUGAGACAGACGAAGGAAAACAAGAAGAAGACGUCAGGGAAAGUGAGGAGGGGGAAACACAGAGAGAAGUAGAAGGGAUGGUGGAAGUGGAAGGUGAUAGAAGAGAAGGGGAGUUGAAAGAGGAGUGUGAAGAUGGGGCCGGGGAUGAGCAUCAGCUGACAGAAGGAGAGGCGGAGGGGGAGAGGGAAGGGACGAAGGGGGGAGGAUGUAUAAAUAUGGAGGAAAGCUUAACGGGGGAGGAGACAACACAUGAGGCGGAGGAGAUGAAAGAGGAAGAGGAGGGGAAGGAAAAUGAAGAAAUUCACCCAUGCACGGAAGAGGAGGCAACUAAUUCUCAACAAGCUGGCCGAUUGGCAAAUGGUAUAACUGGGAAUGACGAUGAAGAUGAAGUAGGUGAAGAGGACGAGGGGGGAGAUGAGGGGGCGAUACAAACACACUUGGACACUUUCAGCUCUAAUUUUGAGACAACUGUAGAACAGGCUGACACCGAAGUGGAGGAGGAGGAGGAAGAGGUCCAAAAAGAAGGUGAUGGCAGAGAAAACCAGGACAGUUUCAGCUCAGCUUUUGAACAGAUUGUCGAGCAGGUCGACAUUCAGGAUGAAGAGGAGGAAGACGAGAGAGAGUUGGAGGAGGAGAGGGAGAAAAGUAGGGUGGACAACAAAGAUGGUUUCAGCUCCACAUUUGAGCGCAUCGUGGAGUCUGCCCUGCUCAGGGGUGGGACCUGCUAUAGCAGCCUGGACUCUCUGGAUGUUCUGUCACUCACAGAUGAGACAGACAGCUGUGUUAGCUUUGAGGCGCCACUGACACCGCUCAUCCAACAGAGGGCACUGUUACAAGGUCCUGAACCUCUGGAGCUUGAGUUGGCAACAGUUCAGGAGCAAGAAGGGGCUGAGAUUGGAACAGAUGCCCCAGGGCCUGAACUCGGGGCUGGGGACAGUGCUGGAGCAGUGGCUGGAGUAGGAGGAAGCCCGCUGAGGACCACCAUACCUGGGAGCAGAUCAGAGUUUGUGUUGAGCCAGCCUGGACGCUGGGCCAUUCCUAAUGGCUAUCACACAGAUUGCCAGGGAGACAUGAUUAACUCUGUCAGCGAUGCCAACCUCACAGACGGGCUGUCUGACUCAGAUGAGUGUGAUUUGGGCAGUCUGGAACACGGGAGCACGGAUACUCUGGCCAAUGGCUGCCGAGCUGACUGUGAGGCUGCGAAGAGGCUUGCCAAGCGCCUCUAUCACCUCGAGGGCUUCAAACGCUGCGAUGUGGCCAGACACCUGGGCAAGAAUAAUGAGUUCAGCCAGAUGGUGGCAUCAGAGUACCUGAGCUUCUUUGAUUUCUCUGGCUUGUCGCUGGAUCGCGCCCUGAGGAACUUCUUAAAGGCCUUUCCACUGAUGGGCGAAACCCAGGAGAGAGAGCGGGUCCUUGUCCAUUUCUCCAGACGCUAUUGCCACUGUAACCCCCAGACACCCACCUCUGAAGGUCAGAGCUGUGAAGAUGGAGCCCACACAUUGACCUGCGCCCUCAUGCUGCUCAACACAGAUCUGCAUGGACAUAACAUUGGGAAGAAGAUGUCUUGUCAGCAGUUUAUCAGUAAUCUAGAAGGUCUCAACAACAGCAAAGACUUUCCCAAAGAUUUAUUAAAGGUUUUGUAUAACUCGAUCAAGAACGAGAAGCUUGAGUGGGCAGUUGAGGAGGAGGAGCUGAGGAAGAGUCUGUCAGAACUGGUGGAGGAGCAAUGUGAGGGGGGGAGUAAACGUGUUGCUAGGGUAACGGACGGCAGUAACCCUUUCAUUGCCAUUCCCAUUCUCCUAAAUGCCGUCACCUACAAGCAUGGCGUGCUGACCCGGAAAAGCCACGCCGACAUGGAUGGGAAACGCACUCCAAGGGGUCGCCGAGGAUGGAAGAAGUUCUAUGCAGUUCUGAAAGGGAUGAUCUUAUAUCUCCAGAAGGAUGAGUACAAGCCAGAUACCGACAUUUCAGAGGUAGACCUGAAGAACGCAGUGCGAAUCCACCACGCUUUAGCUACUCGUGCCACCGACUACAGCAAGAGAGCCUACGUACUGAAGCUCAAAACCUCAGACUGGAGAGUCUUUCUGCUGCAGGCACCGAGUGAAGAGGAGAUGAUGUCUUGGAUCUUCCGGAUUAACCUGGUGGCGGCGCUGUUUUCUGCCCCAGCCUUCCCUGCUGCUAUCGGCUCCAUGAAGAAAUUCUGUCGGCCCAUCCUGCCGUCCUCAUCCACCCGACUGAACCAGGAGGACCAGCUGCUGAGUCACGAGAACAAGCUGAAGCAGAUGAGCCUGGAGCUGGAAGAACACCGGAAAAAUCUGCCCUCAGCUGACCCAAAAAGCAGAGAGUGGGAGGAGUACCGGCUCAAAGAGCACUACCUCGCAUACGAGAAGACUCGGUAUGAGACAUACAUCAGCCUCCUGCAGGCUAAAAUACGCACAGAGACGGAUGACCUUGAGAAGAUUGAGGCCAGCGUGAUGGGCGGCCUGAUCAUGGAGGGCGGUCUGGCCGGCCGAGAGUGCCACCUCCGCAAGACGCAGUCCUCGCCGUCCAUCAGUCAGGCGCACGGUGGCCUGAACGGGAGGGCAACUGGAUGCGACAUCCCAGGAAAGAGGAGCUGAGGAAAGAAGACCAAAUGCCACAGCCCUCAAAGCAGCAUCUCUUCAAGCCAAACUAGUUAAAUCCUACAAGUCCUUCUCGGAUUUGCUGUUAGCAUUUUAUUUAUUGUGCUCCAUUCUUUAGUAAGCCAUCACUAUCCUUCCCAGAAUUUAUCAACCGUGAUGAUAAGUUCCUGUAAUGAGCAAUAGAUAAGAAGAGCGUACGCUUGAUACCCCACCACAAGCGACCCUGCCAAACCUCAGUUCUUUUAACUUUUGUUAUUGCACAUUACAGCGAUCAUAACUGUGAUCACUAUUUAUAGCAGCAUCGUCAGUAUUAAUUUUUGAACUCAGAGUGAAGAGUUGUCUUUAGUUGAAAUGUGUUUUUUAGUUGUGAGCUGCAGUAGUUUAUAACCUGUCGAUAUAAGACUGCACAGACACAGACUGGUUUCCUUUGCCUUGCUCCGCAGCCUGGGAGUCAAGCAGUGAUUGAGAUGGACAUAGUACAGAUGGUACUACUGUAGCAUUUUGGCUUUACUUCAACUCGCGUUUACACACUCGGCCACUCACAAGACUGUGUGCUUUAUGGACCUACAAUAUUGUUGGAGAAUGGUGUCUGAAGAUGCAACAUAUCUGUCCCGGAGAUAUAGGAACUCGGAGAAGAACUCAGGAGGAUCAGAUUCCUGUAUAGCAUAUUUAUUUAUUUAUUUAACCUUUAUUCACCCCAGCAAGGGUUCCCCUCUCAACAUUCACACAUUUACAUGCAUUCACAUGAGAGCAGGAGCUGCCAAGAGGAACCAUAGUUUAAACUGUUCACUGAGCUGCUCCACCGGAGGAACUGGAGGUUGAGUGCCUUACUCAAGGGCACCUCGGCACUAGCUGUUGAGGGAUUUAAAGAAUACUGUUACUUGUCAGAGAUCAAACAUGUGUUCCUGUGAUUUUUGAGCUGCCGCUUCCCCCCUCUAAUACUAACCUGUGUUUAACUGUAUGUUUCUGGAGAGGGCAAAAGCACUGUGCCAUGUUAUCCACUUACUGCUCUUUCUGUACCAUAACUGAGUAAACUGAGCUGCCAGAACUCAUAUGUAACAAUAUAUGGUUGGGCGUGAGGUUUCUGAAGACUGAAGGGCUGAACAGGAAAGUGUGGGUGGGCUGGUGUGUGCACAUGCAUGUGUGUGUACGCGUGUGCAUUGGCGUGCUUUUGAAAGUGGCUCCAGUUAAGAAUUUGAACUUGUAGGCGACAGGAAGAAGUAAAUAUAGCAGGGUCAUGUUAUUUGUAUAAAGAUUUUGUUGAGCACAUUGAGAGAAAACAAGCCGACGGCCUUAUGCUGAAUAGCACUGCCGGCACAGUCAGGCCUGGAUCUCUCAAAAGCAUCUUCAGGACAAAGCCAGCCACGUGAUAAAACGUGUUUUUAAGUCUGACUGAUCUCUGCUCUGAUUUAUAACAUGCUACAUGGACCUAUCGCAGCGUCGUUUGCCCUGUUAUAAUUUUUGGAAUUUGACUUUCUGUUGCCAAGCUUCUUAUUAGAUGAAGAUGUUUUUGGGAAAGCAGGCCCUGACCGAUUUCAGAUGGAGGCUGGCUGACAGCAGAGCAUAGCAGCAGGACUGCUCUAGCGUAGUGGGCUAAAGUCAGGUAGGCUGACAGCAUGCUGGAUAGGAGAGGGGAACGGCGGCAAAACAACUCCACCAGCAAAGUAGCCAUCAAAACACCCUCCACAUGGGUGAGAAGGAGCUGAUGGAGGAGAGACUUGUUUUCUUAGAAGAGACUGGUUUGGUUUACUUAGUACGACCGUCUCUGCCAGCCAAGAACAGGCAAAAUGGACAUCCAGCACACAUUACUCCAAAUUGAGGAAAACAACAUAAUGAGGCCGAUUCUUCUGGAAGGAGGACUUGUGUAAGGUUGUGGGAAAAGGACAUAUGGUGGUAUCUCUCUCUGUGAGCACCUCAAUUGAUCCUAUAUCCCCCAAACACACACACACAUACACACGUUCUCUUUCUGUGUGAUUUGUUAUGUAAUGACACAACUGUAGAUCAGUGAGUUCAGCGCCCCCCUCACACAAACACAGUGUGACUCAGAAGCAUGUAGACAUAACCAGGGUUGCAGAUAUUGAUGGGAGGAACAAUUAUAUCUUUGGCUCCGGACACAUUGCUUCUGUUGCUACGUACAUUGUAUUAACAGUGACUGAUGGGAUCUGAGAUCCUUUUGGGACUUUGCUGGAAAUCUGGAAUCACAGCUGGAAUCCUGGAACCUGAUUCUUGUACAGACCAAAACGCUGAAACAGGAGCGGAGCUUUCAGAGAGGAAGUACUUUUUCUAAAGCUGUAUUGUUAGGAUAAAUACCUGCUUUCUUACACGGAGACUUCCCCUUAUAGUCACUUUGGCUGUUGUGCUAACCAUUGUUUCCCAAUGUUCUAGGUUAGGCCUGUGCUGUAAUAUAGGGUUGUGGAAAAAAAAUAGUUGAUUGUUAUGUUUUAUUUAAGUAAAAAAAAAAAAAAAGACAACUUCGGCACUUUGAUGUCAGGAUUGGAUUUUUCUUUUUGUUUGUUUUGUUUGUAUAUCUGAACUUUUCUGACAGGAUGCUCAUACUAUGUAAAGGACAUAUUUACUGAAUAUUUAGUCUGUGCUUCAUAAAGUAAGCUUUUAUACAGAUUGAUUGUGGUUGUAAUUUAUAAGACUGUCAAGACUAAAACAAUGAAAAGCUAAAAAAAAAAAAAUCCGUGCCAGUUUUUUAAUUUGUGUUUUAAUUUUUAAUUUGUGUUUGUGUUUUUUAAUUUCUUUGACAUUCUGCAGACAUGACUAUUACUGUGUAAUGCUUUUAAACGUCUCCUGUUUACAACUACGCCCACUUUCCUCCACAGGUCGGUGCACUUGUUUGAAAGUUGCUGCUAAAAUGUGUUGCCUUGCAGUUAAACUGUCAGUUGUUAAGUUGCACAUUUACCCAUUGUGGAGCACGUUUAUCGUAAACCCUCAUUGGCCACUUUAUUAGGUUCGACCCUCCCUUUUAUUUUCCUUCAAAACACAAAGGUGCUGGAGACACUCCUCAAAGAUUUUGGCACCUAAUAAAGUUGCUUCAGAUUUUUUAGCUAUUUAUCCAUGACGUGAAUCUCCUACAUCCCACAUCUCAGUACAGUAAACUCAUUGUCAUGUUCAAGAAACCUCUUUGAGAUGAUUUAAGCUUUGUGACAUGAAGCUUUAUCAGAGUGUGAUCAUAAAGGGAAGGACAUGGGCACUAGCAAUACUCAAGUAGGCUGUGGUGUUUAAAGCAUGCUCAGUUGGUACUAAAGAGUAUGAUGAUGAAAUAUUUGCAACACCAAGGGAGAAUCGGUCCAUCCUUUAAUGUUGGUUGUGCCAAAUUCUAAUCCUACCAUCCAAAUAUUCAAGGAGAAAUCAACACUCCUCAGGGCAGGCAAACCUUUUCCAAUCUGUAGUCCUGAGUUUUCUUUGCAUUGUAACUUCAGUUUCAAGGCUUGAUGUGUUCAGAGAUCUUCUUCUGAACACUUGGUUGUAAUGAGUGGUCAUUUGAGUUACUAUUGCCUCCCUGUCAGCUUGAUGCAGUCUGCCCAUUCUCUUUCUGACCUCUGGCAUCAACAAUCAUUUUCACCCAGAGAACCGAACUACCGCUCACUCUAUACACUAUAGAUGGAUUUGGAGCAGAUCAGCAGUUUUUCUAAAAUACUAGGACCAACCUGUUUGGUACCAACAACUAUGCCAUGUUCUAAAGCUCUGUUUGAAUUUCAGCAGGCUAUCAUAAUCAUGCCUGCAUCCCUAAUUGCAUUAUGUUGCUGCCAUGUACUCAAGAGGUUGAACAUGUGUACCUAAUGAAGUGGCCAGUGAAUGUAUAUGUUUAUGUUACAUACACAUAUUCAAAAACGAAGUUUCUGUAAAAGUUUAGCUAUAGGUUGCUUAAUGACAGAGACCGCAAACACACCUAGCAUGUGUCUGUGGUCAUGGCCAUGUGUUUGUGGAACAAACAACCUACUUCGUGUGUGACGUGUUUAGUACACAACCAUAAAGCCUCACAGCUGAGACUUUAGGUAAGAGCUAAGCGUGACUUUUUUUUUAAAGUUUAGUUGAAAGAACAUGAUAAAUAUUUAAUUACACAUUUAGCGCAGCAUAACUAUGUCACUAUAAUAAUUUAAUAUGCUUAGUUUAAGACUAUAAGGAACGAAUAUCCUGUAGCUGCCCACAUAUUAGUCACAAUAACGUUAUGGGUUUUUUUUUAAAUGUCCACUCGACUAUUUCCCCUUAGUUGUCAUUUGCCCCAUGUAUAUAAAGGUGAUUCAGUAACAGGGUUAAUUUGAUACCUAACGAUAUAAAGAAUUAGCCGAUGUGAAAAAAUAAACAGGUAUGGUAGACCGUGUGCUGUGCCACGCGCUGCCUGUUACAGAGAGUGUUGCAUUAUCAAUUGCAGCUGUAAUGUUGCUGAAUUUCCGGGUAGCUGUGUCUGCUUAAGGCUGGGAUUAUACCCGCACGCAGGCACGAACAUUUAGACUCUGUGGGUGAGUAGUCCUGCACGUUUUACUGUUGCCAAGUCCGCUUGAAGGACGCAUGCGUAGCGGGUGCAUCGUUGCGUGCCAUCUGCCUGGCUAGCGGUCACACGGACGUCCGCGAUGGGGAAACUGUAACACUGUCCUACAGUAAGUGUUUCAAACCGAAAUGUGUCCGCGGAACCAUUUUUGUCAUACAAGCGUUUGGAAAUGCACAUGGUUGUGAGUAUUGAGACCUCCAGAUCAUUAAAGUUUUUUUUAAAAAACAAACAAGAAGUUGUGACAUAAAAAAGACAACAAAUUUGGCGCCAUUGAAAGUCACGCUAAAGCAUAAAAAAGACCUGCUAGAAUUUAUGAAUAAAAGAACUGCAAAUAUGGGCUUUAUUAUAUAGCUUUAAAGUAACAAUGUUUUAAGGGUGAUAAACACAGAGGUAAGGAGCAAGUGAGGAGUCAGUCAAUUUACCUGUCAAUCCCAGUGAUUUGGCCAGUCAGGGGUGGGCUUAGACAUUUUGAACCUAUCACAGCCAAAGAAUCACAGGAGUCACUAACACAGCUAGCAAUGUUUGAUUUUACUGCCCCACAAAAAUAAAAGCAUGAUCAUUUCCUUAAUACCACCUGUGCUUAAAAAAGAAAUUAAGGAAGUAAAAGUAA